AUGGGGGUGGGGGGCAGUGGUCCUCAAUUCUCCUCAGUGAUCCCCGAUAAACACGUUAGAAGGAAGCAAGACUUCCAAGCACCUGUACAAAACCCGGAGGGCAGAAACCCCGCUCCAUGGCCCCUAGAGCCCCGCCGCGCACUCUGCGGCAAAGCCCCUGACUGGAGAUGGGCGAGCCCCGCUCCAGAGUCCCGAGGCGAGAAAGGGAACCCGGCGGACGAGGAGCGGCGCCGGGGCAGGGGCUCUGGGGCGACUUACGGCAGCGGCGGCGAGGGAGGCAGCGGCGGCCCUAGCGCGGGGCCCGGGAGGCGCGGCCGGACUGCAGAGGCGCCGAGGAUGCGGCGGGCGGGACUGCGGUGGGCGCCAUCUUGGAGCGCUCCCCGCGCCCGCCCCCCGCGCCGCCCGAGUCCUUGCAUAAUUGAUGACUCGCGCCCGCCGCGCGCCGCCGCGCGCGCCCCCGCCGCCGGGCCCCCCGCCCGCCCCGCCCCCGCGCCGACCCCCGGCGCGCGCCCCCCGCCCGCCCCCGACCCCCGCCCGCGCACGCCGCCCCCGCCCGCCCGCCUGCGUCCCGAGGCCCACCUACCCCUGCAGGGCGCGCCCGUUCGCUCGCGGCGCUCCGCGCCGUUCGCCCGUCCGCUCGCUGGCUGUCAGGCCGGCGUCCCCGAGCCGCCCGGACCGGAUCCGGGGCGAGGGAGCAGGGCGCCGGUAGGGGGCGCCGCGCCGGAGCGCCUCGCGAGCGUCCCCGGGCCCGCCUCCCCGACGCCCCCACCGAGCCGCGCGGGAGGGGCUCCUGGGCAGAACGCCGGGACGCGGCCGCGGAACACGCUGGCGGGCUGUCAGCCAGCACGCGGGCGUUGA